UCACUCCAAUUCUCUUUCUCUCAAUUGAAGGGAGAGCAAACAUGGCUUCCUCCGCCUUCAACUGCUCCGUUGAACAACUAUCCCUAUUCUUCGGUCCCAACACCACAAACGCCAAUGGCGCCGCCGCCUACAUCUGCGACCAUCUUUCAACUUUUUCCAACAAUUUCAAAGAUACAUCAUACGCCAUAGAUUCAACCUAUCUCCUUUUCUCCGCUUAUCUAGUUUUCUCUAUGCAACUCGGAUUCGCCAUGCUCUGUGCUGGUUCUGUUCGAGCUAAAAACACCAUGAACAUCAUGCUAACAAACGUCCUAGAUGCCGCCGCCGGUGGUCUCUUUUACUAUCUAUUCGGUUUCGCUUUCGCCUUUGGAGGUCCAUCAAAUGGGUUCAUCGGAAAACACAACUUCGGUCUCAAAUCAAUUCCCACUAUCGAUUUCGACUAUAGCUAUUUCCUCUAUCAAUGGGCUUUCGCCAUCGCCGCCGCAGGAAUCACCAGCGGGUCAAUUGCAGAAAGAACCCAGUUCGUUGCUUAUUUGAUUUACUCAUCUUUCCUAACCGGAUUCGUUUACCCGGUCGUCUCCCACUGGUUCUGGUCUAAAGAUGGGUGGGCUAGUCCUACCAACACCCAGCUCUUGUUCGGAUCCGGAGUUAUCGAUUUCGCCGGAUCCGGUGUUGUUCAUAUGGUGGGUGGUAUAGCCGGGUUUUACGGAGCUUUGAUUGAAGGUCCGAGGAUAGGACGGUUCGAGAAUUCGGGUCGGGCAGUGUCACUCCGGGGACACAGUGCUUCUCUGGUUGUUUUAGGAACUUUUCUAUUAUGGUUCGGAUGGUACGGGUUUAACCCAGGUUCGUUUACAAAAAUUCUAGUCCCGUAUGCUGUCAGCGGGGAUUAUUAUGGGCAAUGGAGUGCAGUAGGAAGGACGGCGGUAACCACCACUCUAGCCGGGUGUACAGCGGCGUUAACGACCCUAUUCGGGAAAAGAAUCCUGUCGGGUCAUUGGAAUGUAACCGAUGUAUGUAACGGGUUAUUAGGUGGGUUCGCAGCAAUCACAGCCGGUUGUUCAGUGGUUGAGCCAUGGGCUGCGGUUAUAUGUGGGUUCGUGUCGGCUUUGGUUCUAAUUGGGUGUAAUAAGUUAGCCGAAAGGUUUAAAUUUGAUGACCCAUUAGAGGCUGCCCAACUUCAUGGUGGUUGUGGGACAUGGGGGGUUUUGUUUACGGCUUUGUUUGCAAGUGAGAAAUAUGUCGGGGAGAUUUACGGCGAAGGGAGACCUUAUGGGUUGUUUAUGGGCGGCGGAGGACGGUUGUUGGCGGCGCAUGUGAUACAAAUAUUGGCUAUUAUAGGGUGGGUGAGUGUUACUAUGGGUCCUUUGUUUUUGAUUUUGAAGAAAUUGAAUUUACUUAGGAUAUCUGCUGAAGAUGAGAUGUCGGGUAUGGAUUUGACCCGACAUGGUGGAUUUGCUUAUGAUUAUGAUCAAGAUGAACCGCAGAAAUAUGGGGCACAGAUGAAGAGGAUUGAACCAGCUGGUUCGAUUUAAUAUGGGAAAGAAUCUGGAUGUUUUAUUGUGUGGAUUGUGUUAUAUUUAUUUCUAUAUGUAUGCACAUUAUUAUUAUUA